AUGCACCACAACACCGAAGUCGUCAACGCCGUGCGCCGAGAGCGCGGUUGGAACGCCAGUCCGGAUGUGGCGUCGAAGCGCGUGCUUCUCAUGGACGACCAAAGCGGUCGUCCGGCCGCCUACCGGGCCAUGAAGAAGGCGAGUCGCGCCGUCUCACAGGGCAGCUGUCCGCUCGCUGACCUCGACUCGAAGCCGACAACAAGCCGGAGUGGAACAAGAGCUCGACCUCCACUCGAAGCGGCAAGUCAACAGAACCCAAGUACCGCGGCAAACUCGCAGCGUGUAGUGGCCACUCAUCGAAUGAUGGAGCGCCACGUCGUAGUUCAAGAGCACGAAGCCCGCGUUGUGCAACUGGCACGUCUCGAUCUUUUGCCACUGGACCACAAGUUGGCGUGGAACGCUAGCCCCACGUCGCCUUAGAAUGUGUCGCUGCGGCCCGUCCACUAGCACUCGCGGAUGGCCCCGUGGCUGCCAAAUGCAACCGCGCAGUUCCCCGUGUCGUCGCCCUGCACACGUUCCCGUGGAACCCAAGCUCCUAUCCCAAGUCCAAGGCCUGUCUGUCCUCGUGCGCUGGAUGCCGUCGUGCUGUCGG